AUGUUGGUUGGUACCCCCCACCUGCUGACACUAGAUGAAGCUGAUGCCACCUGGACCCUCAUCAAGGAUAAGGUCAUUGAGGAGCGCUUUGGGCCCGGCGUAGUGGCAGUACCUUUCCUGUCGGAUGCAGCCUGCUAUGACCUACUGGGGGUGCUAGUGAAACAGUCCCGCCCAGCCCAUACCCGCCUGGCUUUGCCAGGUCGCCAGGGUCGGCGGGCACUGCAACCAGUGGGGCCACUGCCAAGCCUCCUGGAGCAGACAGGGUCUGAGGGUACUUUUGCCUACUGUACUCGAGAAUACUCACCAAAUGACCGGGCAGAGAUAACCUAUGAAGAGAUGCGACUGUUGGAUGGACAGCCCUGCCGAAUCCGCUUACAUUUGGGUGGUCUGCGCAAGAAGGUGGCCUUCCUGCUGCUACCACCAGGGCAGGUUAGCCUACAGCAGACUCUUUCUUGGCUCCGAGGCACCCACAGCAUCUAUGUCAUCUACCAGGUCUUCUCCUGCUCCUGGCUGCAGCUGGGGCUAUUGCCCACGGCCCGUGAGCCCCAGCUGCUUCGGUUACAGCGGUCACUGCCUAUUGCCUUCUCCUGCCUCAAGUUUUCACUGCAGCCCAAGGGUGUGCUGGGACCACAGAAGCCCCUGAACAAGGACCCAUUGCCCCAUGGGGCCAACUGGGUCAGACCCAACCUUAGCAUCAUGCCACCUCUGGCGCCCACAUUAGCCCCUGCUAAUAUCCCCGAAGCUGCUGCUGUACCCCCACCUGUACCAACCCCAUCGACACCACCUCCCCAGGAAGGGCCAGAGGGCAGACCCACCAGAUUCUCCUACAAGGGCCGAAACCCCUUCCGGAGGGGACCACUGAUGCUGUCAGAAAACUGGCUCUUCAGCCCCCGCAGCCCCCCACCAGGAGCCCAGGGUGGGGGCCCCGGGGACCCCGACCGGCACUCCAUGUCCCUGCCCCUGCUGCAGGGUCUGUCCUCGGAGUUCGACAGCGACGACUGAGGCUGAGGCAAGAGAUGCAGGGGGCAAGGCCCCCAAGAUCUGGCAUAGGGAUACUG